AUGGCGAGAGGUAAGAUCCAGAUCAAGAGGAUAGAGAACGUGACGAAUAGGCAGGUCACCUACUCCAAGAGGAGGAACGGACUCCACAAGAAGGCCAAGGAGCUCACUGUUCUCUGUGAUGCCAAGGUUUCUCUCCUCAUGGUUUCCUCCUCCGGAAAGCUUCAUGAGUACAUCAGCCCCUCCAUCACGACAAAGCAAGUCUACGAUGAGUACCAGAAAGUUCUCGGCAUUGACCUUUGGAAAUCGCACUAUGAGAAAAUGCAAGAGAAUUUGAAGAAACUAAUGGAGACUAAUAAGAGUCUCAAGAGGCACAUCAGGCAAAGGCUGGGGGAGUGUUUGGACAAUAUGGGAUUUACUGAGCUGCAUAGUCUUGAGGAAGAAAUGCAAACCGCUGUGCAAGUUGUUCGUGCUCGCAAGGAGAAGCUGCUCAGCACUCAGAUUCAGACCAAGUCGAAAAAGCUUCGGAAUGCAACAGCUUACAACAGGAGAAUCUUUGAAGAUUUGGAGGAUCCGCACUACGGAUUGGUUGAUGAUGGAGGGGAAUAUUAUGAUCCUGUCAUUGGCUACUCAGCAAAUGGAGACCCUCACAAUGUAUUUCCGUUACGGCUGCAACCUCCUUAUCAUCACCCUAAUUAUCUUCACCAUGGUGGAGGUUCAGAUCUCACGACCUACGCUUUGCUCUGA